GGGCUCGCACUGACAGCGGAGGAGAGAUUGCGGUAGUCAGUGUAGAGGGGCGAGGGGAGGGAGAUAAGAGAUUAAACGCGUGCGCUGCCGUGGCUUUGCUGCUCGUUGUAAAAAUCCGACCAGAAAUGUGCGUGGAAUCGUCCGGCGUGAAGCCCCGCGACGCAAGCGGAAGUGUCGGCGGUGGUCUCGUCUCAAACGCGGACUACUUUGUGUGCGCGCGCGGCCGGCGGAGGCGGCUCGGACAUGUCAGCGGGUGAACAGUGGCACAAAGUUGAGCUGUUGUCGGUGCGCCUCCGGAGGCCUGCUGCCUCCCCGAAUUCCUUUGCUGUGGUAUAAGUAGGCAUCUGGAUCUAGUAAGCGUGUUGUUCGGGCUUGACGGGGACGUGCUACUUGGAUGCCGGGACCAUGAGUGUGAGCAACCAAGGGGGCUUCCCGGUCGACGGGGGUGGCAGCUUCAAUGAGGAUGCCCCCAGACCUCCGGUCCCCGGCGAAGAGGGUGAGCUGGUGCUCACUGAGAGUCACAACACCGGCUACCCGUCACCCAAAAUCCUCAAAUGUGAGGCGUCUGUGGCCACGCCCAGGCGGUCGGACCUGGACCUGGGCUAUGAGCCAGAGGGCAGCGCCUCUCCGACCCCGCCGUACCUGAGAUGGGCGGAGUCCCUUCACUCGCUGCUGGAUGACCAGGAUGGCAUCUGUCUGUUCAGGACGUUCCUCAAGCAGGAAGUGUGCGCCGACCUACUGGACUUCUGGUUCGCGUGCAGCGGCUUCCGCAAACUGGAAGCCGGCAAGGGCAACAACGAGAAGCGGCUAAAAUUGGCGAAAGCCAUCUAUAAGAAGUACAUCCUGGACAACAACGGUAUUGUUUCCAGGCAGAUCAAACCGGCGACCAAGUCUUUCAUCAAAGACUGUGUGAUGAAGCUCCACAUUGAUCCGGCUAUGUUCGACCAGGCUCAGACUGAGAUCCAGACCGCAAUGGAGGAAAACACCUACCCUUUAUUCCUUAAAUCAGAUAUAUAUUUGGAACACGUGCAGGCAGGUGGCGAGAGUCCCAAGCCGUACCCUAAUCAAAGCCCAGUUUCCGGUAAUGCAAAGAAUCUGGUGGGGUAUUUGCCGACAUUAAGCGAGCACGAGGAGUGGCGGUGCGACAAGGAGCCGGAAGAGCAGCCGAAUUGUGACCUGGCACCCAGCAGCAGGCUUACCCAGAGGCUACUCGCGGAGACACCUUCGCAACGUACCGCUGGAAGAUUCCAAGAAGAGUACAGACAUCCACCUGGUCGGGAGCCCACCGACCGCUACUAUGCCAAUGCUGGGCACGCAUUGGCUCCAGCCACCAGCGCUAAUGACAGUGAGCAGCAGAGUAUGUCCAGCGAGGCCGACACGCUUUCCCUCACUGACAGCAGCGUAGAUGGCAUCCCGGCCUACAGAUACCACAAGCCUCAUCGGCGGGAGAUGCACGAGAGUGCUCGAGCAAACGGGCUCGUGCCGCUGCCUCUUAUCCCCCGCACUUACAGGGUUCCAAAAGACAUCCAUGUGGCACCGGAGCGCUUCGCUGCCGACCUGAUCCUUCGUCUGGAGGGCGUCCUGAGAGAAAGGGAGACCGAGGAGCGACUCAGGAGGUUGCGCCUGGAAGAGGAAGGGGACGACGAAGGCUUCUCCGGAUGCGUUCACCCAAAGAACUACGCCGACUACUGCAGCCCCUUCCUGAAGGACGCCCAUGAGGAGAACCCGGAGAGCAUCCUCGACGAGCACGUCCAGCGCGUCAUGAAAACUCCGGGCUGCCAGUCGCCGGGAACGGGGCGCCACUCCCCCAAGUCCCGCUCGCCAGACGUUUUCAGAGGGUCAACAGGGGUGUCGUCGCCCUGGGGGGCUCAGGGUAAACAUCCUUCCAGGCAUAUUGUCAAGGGCGAUUCGGGUCACCACUACAAGCAUCACACACACCAAGCGGAGUCACCUUGGGCCGUGGGAUCCACAAACAUGGAAUAUGCAAACUAUGGGGGCAAAGUUGGCACGCAGUUCAGACGAGCUUUCAAACGCGGGGAGGAAGCAGCAGCCCCGGUGGAAGACAUGGAGAAGAAGCAGAAGAUCCUCCUGUGGCUCAUGGAAGGACAAAAAGAGAUGAUCCGGCAUAAGAGGAGCCCGUACAGUGGUACUGCGGGAUCCAAUAACGGUGCUGGUCUUCCCAGCUGCUCUUGGGACAACGUGCAACCGUCGCAUCCUUUCAUCCAGGAUCCCACCAUGCCCCCUAACCCGGCCCCCAGCCCCCUCAUCCAGCUGGAGGAGGUUCGCCGGCGGCUGGCAGAAGAAAGGAUGAUCAAGUCUGGAACGAUGCAGCCCAAACAGCGGUAUGUGAUGGAGGUGAUCCAGCGGGGUCGCACUGCGCUCAGGCCAGCACUGUUCCCGCCGCUCACCGUGGUGCCCGCCGUGUCGGACUGCGAGCUCUCCGAGCCCGAGCACAAAACAACUAAAAAGCUUGCGUGCGACAGCAUAACAGUGGCAUACUACUUCUGCGGGGAGCCCAUACCGUACAGGACAUCCGUCAAGGGCCGACUGGUGACGCUCGGCCAGUUUAAAGAGCUCCUGACCAAGAAAGGAAACUACAGGUAUUAUUUCAAGAAGGUGAGCAACGAGUUCGACUGCGGGGUGGUCUUCGAGGAAGUGCGCGAAGACGACGCCACGCUGCCGAUCUUCGAGGAGAAGAUUAUCGGGAAAGUGGAAAAGAUCGACUGAGGCGCGCGUCCGGAGAGUAGAGGAGGUCAAAGACGCGUGGCCCGUGGGGAAAAAGGUGAACGGAAAGUGUGUGGGGAAAGUGAAAACAGAAAGUGCUGAAAGGAUGUAGUUCUGUAAAGUUUGCUUUUGGAAAAGGGCGGGAGAUUUUUUUUUUUUUUUUUUUUUAACACGCUCUUCAAAUCACUCGUCCUUUCUGAAGUAACCACAUUUAUUGUGAUUCUUUUUAUAUGUACCGAUGAUACCAGGUGUGUACAGUUUGUGGUAACAAAUAACAUUUGAUAUCUAUUUAACUAUUUAAAAUUUGGUACCGCAUAGAACCCCCCCCCCCCAACAUUUUUUUUUUUAAAAGAUUGUAUUUCCGCCUUUUUAUUUUUAAAUGCCACUUGCGAUUAAUUUAUUGUUUUGUGACAUUUUAGUCUGGCACCAUUUUGGCCGCCUCAGUUGUAACGACGCAUUUUGGGGGUCUUAUUGGAAUAGGAUAUUCCCCCAAAAUUGGUAGCCCGCAGUGAAGGUAUAAAAUCAUCAUUAUUAUGAUUAUUGUUAUUGUACUUAUUGGCCCAUUGAUUCUGUUCAUUUCACACAAGUGUUAGUAAAAUGGAUUCUGACUAACACUGAGAGUGAGCUAUCAAAGAAAGUGUAAUUGUAGAUUUGAACAUCUAUGCAAGUUGCUUUCAAAUUAUAAUUAUUAUUAUUAACAAUGUGCUCUACAAUUGGGCUGUAUGGAGUUCAUCUUUACGUUACAUAUCACAUCAGAGCAUUUUGGAAAGAGGGCAAAUCUUCCAGCAGCAAAGCCAGUGCCUCUCAUUUCGGUGCCUGGAAAGAUUGCGGCGCAUUCACAACACACCUUCAAUUAAAGCAGACUCAGUCAUGAUUGUUCGUAUUUAUGCCGCUUAGAACUACGUGUGAAGCUUCAUCCCGAGCACAAAUCUAUAUGAUAAAGUAAAGAAAUGAAUUUGUUUUGUACAAGCAGAAUGUGAGGUGCCCGUUAAACCAUGUUAGCAGGAGUUAUGGGGUUGCCAUGGCAAUCACUGAAAUGCGUAUAUCUUUAUGACGAGUUGCCACUGUCGCCUCAAUAAGAUUUUGAAGGUCAGAUUAUGACAAAUGGUUGCUUGUAUGUCGCAACCCUUCUGCAUUUAAAUCAUUGAUCAAAAUAAGGAAGCACUUACAGUUUGCUCUUUGGCGCCCCCGAUAGGUGAGGAGGCUCAUGGACUUGACAGAGGCAAACAUAAAUAGCUUUUUUGUUUGUUCGUUUUUUUUUUUUUUUUACAUGACAAGAUGCUAAGCUAAUGAAUGUACACGCUGAUCACAGAUGUGACCAACCUGAAUUGAUUUUAGUGUUUGUACAAGCACACUAAUGCCAACACUACUGGAACAUGAAAGAUCUCCUCGCUGGUCCACCAAUAACCACUAAAAUAGGAGUUGGUGGGUUGCCAUGGCAACAACCAAAGCUCUUUCACCUUUAUGAGAGACGAUGUAGCAUAUAGCAUCAAUAUGAUUUGUGAAGGUCAGAUCAUGUCAUGCAUCUGCCUUAAUGAAACACCCCUUCGCAGUCAUAGUAUUUGUGCUAUCGUGCCAGCGCCUAUAAUAAACAACUCGUUCACUGUUUGUAGCGUGGGAGGUGAGAAUGUGUCUCGAAGCUCACAAGAAGCAAGAAAGUUGGGGAGUGGGGGUGGGAGACGUUUGAAAGCACGCCUAAGAAAAUAUUUUAAAAAGGCCACAAUAGGAUGUCAUGCAUUCUUCCGAGUUCAUUGCUGAAGGAUUACCAACAAAAAGAGGACCUUGAAGUCUUAUUACUUGUGUGAUGCCGCCAGGUUUAGAUGCAGUAUAAAGCUAAUAUAUUUGUCGUAUUUUUCAAAACAUGAUUUAAUUUAUGGGUGUGAUUUUUUUUUCGUCCAUGUUGUAGUUUUCUGAGAUAAGCUGUUUUAUUUUCAAACCCCUAAAAUGUCAUUCAAAUGUAUAAAGUUACCAUCAGAGUGCCUUUAUUACUAUCAUUAUUAUUAUUACUAUUAUUGUUGUCUAUAUGUAAAUAUGUGCAACAUGAAGUGUCAUCGAUCAGCAACCCAAUCAGCACAUUCAUAACUUCAAAAGAGGGGGCGGGGUAAAAAAACACACUGAAAAAAGGUACCUGGACAAUAAAAACAUGCAAUAAACCAACACUG